AUUAGGCCCAUCUGUCAGUUGACGUGCGCCUUUCCGAUUACGGAAAGCGUUGGAGCUUUCUCUGCCACCAGACGCUCAGGGGCACCCCGGGCCUACCUGCCAGCGUCGGUCAGAGACCCGCCUCCGUCUCUGAAUCGGCCGCUGCCGCUACCGCCGCCGGCGGCGACGACCAUGCCCCGCGCCGCUACGGGUGCGAUCACUGCGGCGUUCCUGCGCGCGCAGGCCCCGCACAUGGCGCCGCUGGCAUCGCGCAUCGCGCGCGCGUUCCCCGGCCUCGCCACCGCCGCCGCGACGCGCUUCGCUCCCUCCUCGUCCGCGUCCUCGCCGCGGCUUGGCCUCGUCCCGCGCCUCCGAUCCGCGCGCUCCUUCUCCGGCGCCCGUGCGUCUCCCGUUAGCGGCGCGGUUUCUGGCUCCUCGACGUCGGAGGAGGGCCAGCAGCUGCAGUCGGAGCUCAUCUUCCUGGGCACGGGCACCAGCGAGGGCAUCCCGCGCGUCAGCUGCCUCACGCACCCCACCAAGAUUUGCCCCGUUUGCACCAAGGCGGCUGAGCCAGGGAACCCGAACAGGAGGCGCAACACCUCUAUCCUUCUGCGCCACGCCACCCCGUCUGGCACCACAAACAUCGUUGUUGAUGCCGGCAAGUUCUUCUAUCACUCGGCACUCCAGUGGUUCCCCACGUUUGGUUUGAGGACAAUCGAUGGUGUCAUUAUUACCCAUUCUCAUGCUGAUGCCAUUGGAGGGCUUGAUUGUCUUCGUGAUUGGACGAACAAUGUUCAGUCAUCGAUCCCAAUUUAUGUGGCAGAACGUGAUUAUGAGGUGAUGAAGAUGACCCACUAUUAUCUCAUCGACACAAGUGUAGUUAUACCUGGAGCCGCAGUUUCAGCAUUGCAAUUUAACAUUAUAAAAGAGGAACCAUUUAUGGUUCACAAUCUUGAGGUGAUUCCUUUACCUGUUUGGCACGGUCAGGGUUACCGCUCUCUUGGUUUUCGUUUUGGUGAUGUAUGCUAUAUAAGUGAUGUCAGUGAUAUACCCGAAGAAACAUACAAGCUUCUGGAAAACUGUGAACUUCUUAUAAUGGAUGCUCUAAGACCUGAUCGUUCUUCAUCAACACACUUCGGACUACCAAGGGCUCUUGAGGAAGUUAGGAAAAUCAAACCAAAGAAAACACUGUUUACUGGAAUGAUGCAUUUGAUGGACCAUGAGAAAGUAAACAGUGAUCUUGCCAGGCUGAUUGGAACAGACGGUCUUGACAUCCAGCUUAGCUAUGACGGUCUCAGGAUACCUGUAAGGCUCUAGAAUUAUUAUUAUUUUUUGGAAAAAAUAUUUAUGUAUUGGGUGCUGCUAAUUGAUGAUUUCAGAGUCUCUUUAGUUCGAACUGAGUAAAAUGAUGACCAGAUGUAAAUGUAAUCUGAUGAGCUCUCGAUGCAGUGCGAUUUUACUUUUCA